AGAACACAGGGAACCCAAAGGAAAAUGGAGAACAUGAUGAAAAGAAAGAUAGCCGGGUGAUGCAGUCUACAUGAGAUAAAUCAGUAGAAAGUUACUGCUAUGAGUAAAGUGACACCUUUUAUGCUUGCUAAGGGUGCCUUAUCUUCAGCAUUCAUUGGAGGCUCACUUGGCAUUGUUAUCAGGACCUGGCAUCGAGAUAGCAAAAGAGCAAGGCAACUGCUUCGAUAUGCUGCAACGACAGGUGUUUCUGGAUUGCUAGUUGGUUAUACAUUUGCAUCACUUAGGCGUCAAAAUGGAUAUUCACAUGGAUUGUCAUUUGGUGGCAACUUCUUUGCAAUAUCUGCAACAUUCCUAGUGUAUCGUGACUUUAUUCUUGUAAACUAUGGGGAAGGGGGUCGACAACUGUACACCAGUCAAUCAAAUGACUGUAAUGUGAUCAGUGUAUUCCAAGCAAGACAUCCUAUGUCACCAACUGUUGCUAGUGCAGUCAGYGGAGGAUUGACUGGCUUUGUAUUGUCUACAAUAUUUUGGUAUGGACCACUAGUCCUUAUGACAAACUCAUUACAAGGAAUAGGACUUGGAGCAUUAGGUCAGUUUAUUUAUGAMAAAUACUGUGCUUGGAGACUUGGAAAAGUUUUAGAGUACAAUUAUCCAGAACUAGCUGGUAAAGUCAGUCAAGUACAGGGUGAUUCUGAUGUACAAGAGAAUGUCCAUUGGAGUGAACGUCUGAAAAGAUUUCUCUCACAACGGACCCACUCAUCUGAAGUCAUGGAAGAAAUCAGAGAUUUAGAAGUCCAGCUAGAACUAUUAGAAGAAGAACAAAGAAGGCUACAAUCGAAAGGAACUAAUUCAGAAGAGCAGAAAAAAGAAGAGUAAUUGUUUCGAAAAUUUGUGUUUUGUCAAAUUUUUCAAGAAUUUUUUUUUUCCAGAUUGAAAAGGGUGAAAAACCUAUAUUUUAACUUUC